GUCGACCGAAUCGUUAGUAGGUUUUUUUUGCCGACGAACCUAGUCACGCCUCCAGUGUUCACGACGCGGAGAGGAGGAGGAAUUUCCUCGACGUGCUUUAUCCACAACAAAAAUGGCGAGGACGAUGUAUUAAUGGUCAUGUUUUGGCACUUUAGACACCUUUAUCCGCUUUAUGCUUUCUACGCGUUAUAAUCCGCUUACUUGUCAUUUGUAGCAACACUUGUAGUCGGACGUGCAGGUAAAUACGAUCCGCGGAGAUGAAACGACUGCAGAUUUCUACAUCUUUGUACAACGAUAUAAUAAUAGUAUUCGUGUGUUAUAGGCUAUUUUAAACCCGUAUACGUCCUUUCUUUCCCACCAAAGUGAGCAGAGCGUCGGCGAAAUGGCUCAAAGUCCUUAAACCUGUUGAUAGUCUGAGGAUUGGUUAAAGUUCAGCUCCGCGCGUUUCUGGGUUUAACCUUUGCCUCACAUUAAAUUAUGCUUUGUCACCGCUACUACAGCGGGAUAAAGCCGUAAAGUGUUACGGUUUAUAAUGUGCACCUGUACAUUCGUCGGAGUUUCAGUGGAAGCAGAUGCUCUUAAUUUAGCGGUUUAAGGAGCAGAUCUCGCGGAAGGAGAACUAUCGGCGAGUAGAAGUCCAAGGCUGAGAUCUGAUACAGCGGAUUGAAUCAUGGAGCCGGCAGCGAAACAGAAAGUUAUUUACAUCACCUACCUCAUUGCAGCUCUGGACAUCACCUGGCUCUUCCUUCAGUUCUCCAUAACACCGUAUUUGGCGAGGAGGCUCGGGUUCGAUACUAUUUGGUUUGGGUAUCUGCAGACCACAGUUGGAGUGAUUCAGCUGCUUGGAGGCCCUGUUUAUGGAAGGUUUGCGGAUGUGUUUGGAGCACGUGCAGCUCUCUCUGUAUCUUGCUUGGCAUCAGUGGUUUAUUUCCUACUGUUGGCGGCGGCAGACAACACUUUUAUGCUUUUCGUGCACAAACUGCCUGCUGUUUUUAUGCAUGCACUGCCAGGAGCUCAGAUGGUGGUUGCAGAUCUGUCAGAGAAUGAGAAGCGAGCAGAUGCUCUUGGGAAACUCGGCCUCUGCUUUGGCAUUGGCAUGAUCGCAGGAUCAUCGCUGGGUGGGACCCUCAGCACGCGCUUUGGGGAAAAGUUUGCAGCAUCUUUUGCAGCUGUCGGAAGUUUUGUUUCUUUGCUGUUGGUGCUGAACUUCAUCCCUAAACAGACCAAAAUACACACCGUGCCGGAGAGUAACAGUAUGGACACAAACAAACACACAACUCAGCUAGACACAAAAGAGAAGGGAUCAUCAAAUUCCAUAUUUAAUCUGGGGGAGAUCACAAGACUGAUGAAAUUUCCAGGUGUUGCAAAGACUUUCACAGUGAAGAUUAUUUCUGGAUUGCCAGCAGGUAUAUUCCAAGUUAUGUUCUCCAUCAUUGCCAUAAACUUCUUCCAGCUGAAGGCAGAGCAAAAUGGCUAUCUGAUGGCUUACUUUGGCAUAGUACAAAUGGUGAUCCAAGGUGCUGUAAUCGGGCGUCUUACAUCUAGAUUUCCAGAGUCUUCUUUACUGCUGCUCUCUGUUGGGAUAUCCAGUUUAGUGGGCCUUGCACAGGCUAUGAUGGCCAACGUGUUUCAUUUUUGUUUAAUCGUGAUACCAAUGAUGUUUUCUCUGAGUGUCUUCAAUGUCAUCACAGACAGCAUGUUGACCAAGAGUGUGUCCCCGUCUGACACAGGAACCAUGCUGGGUCUGUGUGCGUCGGUGCAGUCUCUUUUACGAACGGUUGGCCCGACCAUUGGAGGGUUCCUCUAUGAGACGUACGGUGUGCCGUCUUUCGGAUACAUCCAGUGCAUCAUUAACGCUGCUGUCUUCAGCUUUCUGCUAUCCGCUGGAGGGCGCACACAGCCAAACAAGCCAUAAAAAUGUAUCGCUGUCCUGUUCAUGGCCACAUUGUUUGGGAGAGGACAGUUUACAACAACAAACCAUUUAACUUUCCUCCUCACACACUGGUCAAGGACCUGAGUCACAAAUAUCCCAGCUGAUCUCAGUUUUUCUAAUCAAUCAUUUCAAUUUUUAUUUAUAUAGCACUUUUAACAAAACAGGUUGUAACAAAGCACUGAACAGUAUAAAGUAGAAGAAUACAAUGAUAGGGAUGUACAAUGACGAGAUCGAACUAUUUGUUAUGUUAAGCAUCCCCAACAAAGCAAGCCAGAGGCGACAGCGGCAAGGAACCAAAACCCCGUCCAUGCAGAAUGGAGAAAAAAAAAACCUUGGGAGAAACCAGACUCGGUUGGAAUCAAUCAUUUUUAUUUACAUCACAAUACCACAGACAUUCAGAAUAAGUUACUGUCAGAUUACUCCUGUUUUUAUGAAGUUUAUUAUAUUAUAAAAAGAGCUGGCAUGUAAAUGUCUACUGAAGGUCAGUACAAAGAAAGAAGUGCAGUAUACUUUUAUUUGAGUGGCAUUAUAGUUUACUUUUACCAAUCCCAUAUUAUACAGUAAUUAUUCAUUAUAAUGAUGUUUCAGUUGUAAUAUAUAAUGAAAAAGAACAAAAUAAAAAAAUCCAUAAUUUUGUA